AUGAUUGUAUCCAACGUGAGCCUAAGUUGCGCGAGGUCUGGUGGCGCUUGGUGCGCCAGCACCGUUGACGGCCACUUGGAAGGGACUUCUUCAGACCACACUCUGAGCGCAACUGGACACCUGGUUGUCGCCGUGUGUCUCGGUUUUAUCGGGACCUUCGGUUUUCUCAAUAACUUACUCGUCCUCGUCCUUUUCUGUCGCUACAAGAUGCUGCGCUCCCCCAUUAACUGCCUGCUGGUGAGCAUCUCCUUCAGUGAUCUGCUGGUGUGUGUCCUGGGAACUCCGUUUAGCUUUGCAGCGAGCACGCAAGGACGCUGGCUUAUCGGACCCGCAGGAUGUGUGUGGUACGGUUUCGUGAAUUCAUGCCUUGGCAUCGUGUCCCUCAUCUCGCUGGCUGUGCUCUCCUACGAGCGCUACUGCACCAUGAUGGGCGCCACCCAGGCCGACGCCACCAACUACCGGAAGGUGGCGGCGGGCAUCGCCUUCGCCUGGGGCUACUCGCUGGCGUGGUCGGUGCCGCCGCUGCUGGGCUGGAGCCGCUACGGCCCCGAGGGGCCCGGCACCACCUGCUCCGUCAACUGGGCGGCCAAGACGGCCAACAACGUGUCCUACAUCAUGUGUCUGUUCUUCUUCUGUCUCAUCCUCCCGUUCGCGGUCAUAGUCUACAGCUAUGGUAAGCUCCUGCAGGCCAUCACACAGGUGAGCCGCAUCAACACGGCAGUGAGCCGUAAGCGGGAGCAGCGCGUGCUGCUGAUGGUCAUCACCAUGGUGGUGGCCUACCUGCUGUGCUGGCUGCCCUACGGAGUCAUGGCCCUGGUGGCCACGUUCGGGCGGCCAGGCCUGGUGACCCCGGAGGCCAGCAUCAUCCCCUCCAUCCUGGCCAAGUUCAGCACAGUCAUCAACCCCAUCAUCUACAUCUUCAUGAACAAUCAGUUCUACAGGUGUUUCCAGGCCAUGCUGAAGUGCAGCGCUCCCGAGCGCGGCUCCAGCGUCAAGGCGUCGUCGCGGGCGACCAAGACCCUGCGCAUGGUGCGCCGCGCCGCCAACGGCCACAACGUCCACAUCACCUUCGCCGUGGCCUCCGCCGGCUUCAACACCACCUACGCCCCCGAGAGCAACAGGCACUCGCUGGAGGCCAACGACGCCGCCUCCGCUCCCCCGGCGCUGGCGACCCCCGCGCCCGUACCCGCGCCAGCCAAGCCCACCCUCUCUCUGGUAGCCCACUACAACGGCUGA